AUGAUCGAUCCGACAGUUCGGUUCUGGAAGGCCGCUACCUCGGACAUCUCGAAAAUGGCGUCCAGCAAACCGCCGGAGAUGAACUACACGUGCGAGAUCUGCGGCCUGGAGGGUUUCAACGACGAGGAGAUGCGCUCGCACAUGGUGCAGUACCAUCUCCAGGGCGCCGCCAACUGCCCGUUCUGCGACCUGGGCGAGAUCUCGCCCACGGAGAUGUUGGUUCACGUCAAUAGCGCUCACCUGGACUACUUGACUCCGAGCACCCCGGAGAGUGACAUGAUGGCAUUCAUCGACGACGACUCGCUGAUGGAUGAGCACAACAGGCGUGAUGAGUGCAGGGCGCUCUCACCAUCCAUGUCCCUGCGACCACCUCAUCUGCAGAACGGUUGGGGCAGCUCUCUGGCGCAGCGCAUCAAGCAACAGCAACAUCAGCAGCAACAACAACAGCAGCUGCUGCAGCAACAACAGCAGUCGUCGAGGAAGUCAGAUGUCCAAGUGGCGAAUCCCAACAUGAAUAACAAUAACAAUAAUAACAACAGUAACAAUGCCAAUGCAGUGUUGGAAGGUGCGGCGGGUCAAGGUUCCCCGCUGCGUUCAGGCCUAAAUCUGCAACUGCGCUCGCACGCUUCCCCAAAACUUCCAGUGCAAGAGUGCCCAAUGUGCCCCUAUAGUUCCGACAGUCCGUUGAGGCUCGAAGAGCAUAUCAAUCGCCAACACUUUGAUCUCACCUCGCCAUCCUUCCCACCGGAAUCGCCGCCAUCCCGGGAUGGAGUCUUCAACUGCCCUCUUUGCGUUACGUCUUUUCCAAAUUCUUCUGAUCUUGAAUUACAUGUCAAUAUUGAGCACAAAGAUAUACUUAGUCCUGCAAACGGAACAAGCUCGCAAUCCGAUACAGCUACUGUCGGUAGUGACUCAACGCCUGCCUGUCCAGUAUGUCUUAGUACAUUAUUUAAAAAUAAUGACGACCUAAUGGCACACAUCGAAGAACACUUCAACAAGAAGAGCACGCCGUCGCCCAUGACACCGGACGUGUCGACCGAUCGUAUGCUAGCGAAGGAUAUGGAGAGAAGAGAAAAGGAAGUGAGAAAACUGCGCGAACAGCGUGAAUUCGAGAUGCUCAGGGCGCAGUAUGGUAUGGAUAAUCAGGGUAACUUUAGAGAACAAAGUGUCACCAAUAUGCAGCGGGCUGUGUAUGCGGGCGAAAUGACGGUGGCCGAUUUCUUCGAGAGGCAGAUCGAGCUCAGAGUCGCCGAGAGCAGCGGUAUCGACGACGGUAGUUCUUGUACACGCGGGCUGGUCCCGAAAGUACGAGCCAUUAGUCAGGCUUGCAGUAACGUAGUAAAUACCUGGAUGUGUUCCACUGUGGACCAUUAUGCAUCAACUUAUGGCGAUAAGGGCUGGGGCUGUGGUUACAGAAAUAUGCAGAUGCUAAUCUCGUCUCUCUUGCAACACACAGGAUACAAUGAUCUAGUUUACAAAGCAUGGAGCUCGGGAGCCGGUGGCAACAGCUCUACAGAGAAUCCUCUACGCAGCUCUAUGCCGUCGAUCUCGAGAUUGCAGAAGAUGAUCGAGUGGGCGUGGGCACAGGGCUUUGAUAUUCAAGGCGCGGAGCAGCUCGGCGGUAAACUCGUUAACACUAGGAAGUGGAUCGGCGCCACGGAGGUAUUCACGCUGCUGUCUAGUUUGAGGAUAAAGUGUCAACUGGUGGACUUUCAUAGACCUACCAGCGCGGAUGGUGGCCAUCCCGAGUUAUUUAAUUGGGUCCUGCAAUAUUUUCAACGGUGCGAAGAAUUCAAACCACCUCUUUAUCUUCAACAUCAAGGACACAGCAGAACGAUUAUGGGCGUAGAGCAGAUAAGAGACGGUUCAAUAACCAUGCUGGUGCUGGAUCCGAGUCAUAGCCCGGCGCAAAUGGCAUAUUUCAAUAGCACGAGUAGUGCGCCCGGCGCGAUGAGACUCAUACGAAAGUCCACCGCGGCAAUGAAAGCCAGACAGUAUCAAGUUGUGGCUGUAACCGGCACUAUGGAUACAGAAACGCAGUAUCAGCAAAGUAAAGUGUUACGAUCAAUGCGAGUUCCUCAAGACAGGUGAGAGUUGCUGGUCCGAGAAAUGAUCAAGCCUUGGGCAAAGACUAUAGACUACUGCCUCAAACCAAUCUUAUCCGACAUCCUUCAAAUUACGUGACCGCGAUGUCCUAUGUUCUUUUACUGCUAGCAGACUUAUUCCAUUGUAGUACAUUACAUAUAGAUUGCAGAUCAUAUUAUUUAACGAUAUAUUCUUGCAUCUCUCUUUAGCCGUUAACGAUGGACUGACUUCUCGAAAUCAUUGUGCCCGUGCGAAGCCUGUGACGCGGUGAACAAUUUUGCGGAGCUAGUAUUUAAAUAUCAAAAAAGGCUCUUCGUCGCGUCGCUGUAAACGAGUAUUUAUUUCUGAAUGGAGAAAGUCCUUAAUCUUAACUAAAAAUUUGUCGUACUAAGUGCGUGUAAAUUUUUCCAAAGAGAAUUAUCAGAUUGAAACAAACGGGAGGUGAUAAAGGCCUCCGUGAGAAUGAUAGUGUUAAAUCGAUUGUCAUUUCUUGUCCAAAAUGUUCUGCUCAAUUUUCGUCGCACCGAACAGGCUGUGCUAAUCCUUAGUCGACCAAUCGUCUUGUACCGAUCGGUUGCACCAUCGAAAAAACCGUGGCAGAGCUUAGAAACUGAGACUUUCGUAGCUGUGAUGCUGUUAUCAAUACGACGCUAAUCAUUCACGUCUAAUAGAUGCACUCUUGGAAACGCUCCAGAAUCAUCACAACACGGUGUUCCCAGCACUUGUCUCGUUCCACAUCCUACAAUCUGACAAAGAUUUCCAUCAAAGCGUUGUCGACUUUUAGUCAAUAUAAAAAGUGCCGAGAGCCGUACGGUGUAUACCUUACGACAAAUUUUAUAUAACAAUACGAAAGAUAUUCUUUGAUGCAUUUUGAUUGCUAAAACAUUUCUAUGAAGGAAUCUGGAGUGUCUGCAAAAGUGACCAAAAAAAACCACAUUUUCAUAAAUUAUAUAUAUACUACACACACAUACACACACACACACAUAUAUAUAUAUAUUAUCAUCUGCACACUCUUCGUUAUAUCGUAUUUCACUUGCCCACACAAAGUACAACUACUUUCAUAUUAAUUAUAAAUAUUCUAUUUAAUUAUCCAAUCGACUUUAGGCUACUUAUGUCUUAGCUCGUAAGUCCAAUGCAAUGCUGUGAAUGAGAGGAUAGAUGAAAAAAGUCCAUUACUUGUUAUUUAUAUUAUACACUUGACGAUUAUAUGAGUUUUAGUGAAUUCUUAUUAUAUUACACUUAUCAUAUUUCAUAAAUUGUACUGAUAUAUCUAAGAUCUAUUUAUUAUAGUUAAAAAUAUAUUUGCGACACUAUGGGAGGACGCAAUGUCUUGCGGAAAUGUCGCACCACGUUGUUUUAUAGCUUCGAUAUUUAUGGUGCACCAGUCAAAUGCAAGUUUUGUCUUUCAGCCCAGUAGGACCACAUCGCAAUAACAUUAUUGACUGGCUGUAAAAAAAAAAACUAUCGAAACCGAUAAAUUUUAAUAAAAUAUUAUAGUAUCAGAGAUUUCGCCAUGUAUCGAUUUAAGAAUCUGUUCAUUAUUUGGAGUGUUCAGGAAAAUUAAGCUGUGGAAUUGUUAUGCAGGAGUAAAACCUUCACAUUAUAGCUACACAUUAAAUUAAAAUAUAUGCUUUGUUAGAAUUCCCAA